CGGUCUGGUAGUGUUGUGUUUUUAAAGGCGCCUCGCUAACUGGGCGCGGAGUAGUGAUCCUCACGUUUUAGGACGUUUUUUUCCUCCUGUUCAAUAGGUAUAGGCGUUCAAUAGGUAUAAGCGUCUGUUUGGUUGUUGUUGUUUUUUCUAUUUAUACCCUUCAUUUUAGAGUCGCUCUGAAUUAUUUCUUUUGAGGGUCUUCGGACACCAAAGUUGCGUUGAAUCUUGCGGUCGUCGUUAGUUUAAUAAGUUAGUAGCCGCCAUGUCGGGUGUUGUACGAGGCCCCGCAGGGAACAACGAUUGCCGAAUUUACGUGGGGAAUCUACCGCCAGACAUUCGCACGAAAGACGUGGAGGACGUGUUCUACAAGUACGGGACGAUCCGAGAUAUCGACCUGAAGAACCGCAGAGGAGGCCCGCCCUUCGCCUUCAUUGAGUUCGAAGAUCCGAGGGACGCCGAUGAUGCGGUUUAUGGACGUGAUGGAUACGACUACGACGGCUACAGACUGCGGGUGGAGUUUCCGCGGAGCGGCAGAGGCUCCAGAGGCGGUUAUGGGGGCGUAGGCGGAGCACCGAGGGGGAGAUAUGGACCUCCGUCCAGGCGCUCCGAGUACAGGGUCGUUGUGUCAGGUCUUCCUCAGAGCGGCAGCUGGCAGGACCUGAAGGACCACAUGCGCGAGGCCGGUGACGUGUGCUACGCAGACGUCUACAGAGACGGAACCGGAGUUGUAGAGUUUGUGCGCAAAGAGGACAUGACCUAUGCCGUCCGAAAGCUGGACAACACCAAAUUCCGCUCCCAUGAGGGAGAGACUGCUUACAUUCGUGUGAAAUUAGACGGUCCCCGCAGCCCAAGUUACGGAAGAUCACGCUCCCGCAGCCGUGGCAGCCGAAGCCGGAGCCGCAGUCGCAGCGCCAGCCGCAGUCGCAGCAAUUCCCGCGGUCGCGGCAGAGGAUCUCCCCGCUACUCGCCCCGCCACAGCCGCUCUCGUUCCCGUUCUUAAACCUAGCCGUCAUCGAUCUUUUUCCCUUCUGAUGUAUUCCCUUCCUGUUUUUACCCCUAAGUUUCUCCAGAUGUCGGCUAUGGAUUUGUUUUAAUUUUUUUUUACGUUUCUUGUCCUUUUGUCCUUGUGGAUGAUCUUGGUAUGUAGCUGUAACCCCCCCCUCCCUCCUCCUCCUCCUAUUAUCUUUCCCUCUUCCUCUCCCACCUCUUUGCCCCCUUUGUUUUCUCCUCCUCUCCCCUUCUCUAUCAUCUCAGAUUCGGAACAUUACAAGUUGUGCUGUGGUGAUCUUCAAAAAUGUUGAGUUGUGGUUCACACUCAAUGUUUUUGCAGGUGUUAAUCUGAAGUUUCUGUUUAUUUUUAUUUUUUUAUUUAGUAACCUCUCUUUGGAUAUGUGUGGGUUGGGCUGUUUUUUUUGGUUGGAAGCCCGAUGCUUAACUGUAUUUUACCCUUGUGUCUUCCUUUAGACAUCUGAGGAGAAGGAUUAAAGUGAUUUGGAAUAAAACCAUUGUGGAGCACAUUUCAUUUGUAUGGUCAGGAUACAAAUAGGACAUCUAGGAGGAGGAUAGGACAUCUAGGAGCAAUCAGGUCGAGGCAAUGGUAUGCUUCAUAUUCCAUAAACUGAUCAUUUUGACAGGUUGCCAUGUCAUGCAUGUUAUUUAACAAAGAUAUGUGUACUGUACUUUGUUAAGACAGUCUGUAACAUGCUACUCUGGUUUCUGACAGAAUAAGCAGUCCUAAAUCAAGUGUUGCGAUGUAAGUGUAAUCCUUGCUGUCAAAUGUAAAAACAGAACUGCUUUGUACAAAAAGCGUCCCAGUUUUGAGCAUCCUCGUUGGUUAAAAAUGUCAGGAUUUUUCUUUAGAUUUUCUUUUUUAGUCUUUUGAGUGUUCAGUGGAAAAAAUAAAAAUAAAAUUAGGCCCAAAACUCUUGACAUUUUAUUCUAACAGUCUGCCUCUGAUUUUCUUCCUGGUAUUUCAAGGUUUUGAUUGGAGGAGUGGCUCAAUGGAUCCCAAUCCUUGGAGCUGGAUGAGUGGAUCGAUUAGGAAAGGGAUAGGCAAGGAUGGAUGCUCGGGAACGGGAGCAGUUUUUCGAGGAUUCAAAUUUAUCAGAACUAAAAUAAUGGGAGUCCCAGAGCACCUUUUUUUUUUUUUUCUUUUUUUGCCCUUUUGGCUUAGGCCCCAAUGGCUUUAUGAUAGAAGAAAACGAAACAGAGGACCAGGAAGUUGGAUCAAAGGAUGGAGUCGUAGAUGCCUGGUAUGGGGGAAUUUUUAACAAAUAUGGGGAGGUUGGGAUGGGAUUAAAGUUUGUAAUUUUGCUUUGCUUAAUCUUUCUUUUAGCAUUUUCAAUAAACACACUUUCAAACAA